UCGUCAUUUCUCAGAAAUCAGUUGUCGUGAGAGAACGGCUUGUCAUCCCGACCGAGAAAUCUGGACCACGGUUAUGGCUACCGUCUCACAGGCGCGUGGCGUUUGGGUCUCAUCUCUCAACUCCUCUGCGCUCACAUGUCAGAUCUGUGUAUCGUUGGAUCGUGUUGUCCAGUCUGGCCUCAUGCGUGUGUACAUCUGACAGACCAGGAAAUGGAAUAUAUAUAGGCACAUGUCUCUCUCUCACUACACUUAUUCCUCAUCCUCAUCAACACACUCGACCAACAACGAACACCAACCUUGCCAGUCUUCCCCGUCUACUUUUAGCUUCCAAAAGAUUCUUCGUCACAAUGAAGUUCUCUACUCUUGCCGCCGUCAUCACUGCCCUCGUGGCCUCUUCUUCUGCCCUUCCGACCCCUCUCGACGCCACUGAAGACCUGAUCGACAAUGCCUCCACUAUCGUCGCAAGCAACGCCGGAAGUGAUGUCAACAACAACUUGAAUGGCGUCCGCGUCCCCCGCCAGGAAACCAUUACCACCACCAUCGCAGGCAAUGGAAACAACAACGCCGACAACAACGCGAACGGUCUCUCAAUUCUUCGACGUGGAGGCAUCGUGACCACGAUUGCAAGCAAUGGCAACAAUAACCUUGACAACAACGCAAACAACCUCAAGCUUCAGCGCCGUCAGGACAUUGCCACCACCAUCGCAGGUAAUGGCAACGGCAAUCUCGGGAACAACCUCAAUGGAGUGCUCGUGGAGCCUCGUGACGAUGUCACUAUCAGCCUGACAGGAAAUGGCGACAGUGAUUUCGACCAUGCAUUUAGCGACGAGUUUGAUCACGUGUCGAUUGGCAUUCCGCGCGACGAGCUUUCUGGCCUACUGAAUGGUGAUGUCAACAACAACGACCCGAAGAUUCUUGUGCGCCCCUUGGUUCAUCCUAAGGUCAUCGCCAACCCCACCGUCAUCCCGCGCGACGAGCUUUCCGGCUUACUGAAUGGCAAUCUCAACGGCAACGACCCCAAAGUUCUGCUCCGCCCGGUGCUCACACCCAAAGUGACCGUCGCCCCUGUCAUUUCAGGUCUCACCAAACCCCGCGACCUCAACACUAUCUUGAACGGCGAUGUGAACGACAACGACCCCAAGGUCCUCGUCCGUCCAGUCGUCCAGCCUAACCUUGCUGCGACCCCGCUGAUUGUCCGUGGCACUCUUGACACCCUGCUCAAUGGCAAUCUCAACAACAACGACCCCAAGGUCCUUGUCCGCCCGGUCGUCCACCCCAAGCUCACUCUCAGCCCGGUGCUCGCGCGUGCUGAGCAGCUGAACAACAACAAGCACGAAUUUGAGUCUCCAGAGAUCCCUUUCGCCCAGCACAAGACCAACAUCAGCCCAGCCAUCGAGCACGGUGACCUCAGCAACAUCCUCAACGGCAACCUCAACAACAACGACCCCAAGGUUCUCGUCCGCCCUGUCCUCGGACCUGAGAUCGCAUCCAGCCCGGUUCUCCACCUUUGAACCGAUUUAUCGUGACUCUCAGAGACAACGAUGGAAUGGGAAGGGUUCCCAUUUUUUUUCUGUGGUUUCGCCUUGCCUGUGUGUUCUGCAAUUUCGUCUUGGUUCCCGAAUCGGAGUCAGUUUCCGACGAGAGUAUACCCAAUCAAGGAGUCUAUUGGUUUUGUGUUGGAAUGGACAGAAAGUGUUUGAUUGCCCCAAUCGAUGGCAAUCGUGUUUAAUUAGAUUUGGUAUUUUCAGAUUGACUUUUUCUCACCUAAUAAUGUUUUCUCUUGCUUCACUUUUCUCUUUGACGACGCAUGUGAAUGUUGCGCUACGAUAAGGCACCUGGGCGUAGACACACUCAAAAUGUGCUCAGGGCGAACUGAUCUCACA